UUCGUCAUGAUUAUAUAGUACCAAAUGACAUAGCUAAUAUAAGCUACAACAUGCUUGUGACAUGCUCUAUUAAACGCCGAACGCUCCCAUUCACUAUGAGCAAGCCUAAGAUGAGAAGACAAAUUUUCGUCCAUGUUCUCUUUGCUUGGCUUCUACUUGCAGCUUCUGCAUUCAAUCAUGUCACUGCUAAUGUUCAGGCUAUUCAAUCAGGAGUUCAUUUCAAUCCCAGGACUCUACAGGCUAGUCCAAAGCUGCGUGGUGGACAUGCCAUACCUUCAUGGGUUAAAGAAAAGAAGAGUCGUAAAAGUCCAUCAGGGCCUAACCCAAUAGGGAAUCACCGCCCACCAUCACAACCGCAAAGAGAUGCAUGGAAACACUGAUCAUUCAGCAUCAGAAUUCAAUGGAGACAUUUUUCGCUCACGUUAUACUGUAGAUCAAUGGAUUGCAGUCUGAGCAAAAUUCCACUUUUAGGUGCAUUGUGUUUGUACAAAAACAUGGGCAUUAAUUUACUUGAAUAAUCCACUAAAAGAUUAGCUGUGCAUGCACAAGUUUCAAUCGAAAGUUCAAAUUCAGUGAGUCUCUCCAUGAGCAUGAUAAACUAAGGCUUGUAAAAUUUUCCUUUAAAUUUGAUUGUUUUUACAAGUUUC